AAGAUGGCGGCGGGCGAGGGGGGCCCGCGGCGGGGGCGGGCGCAUGGAGAGAAGGUCCCCGCGGUGCCCCCCGUGACCACGCCGUGGUGGCAGCUGGCAGCAUCCCCAGGUGCCACCCAUGCCUGUGACCAUCCCCAGGUGCCAGCAGCUGCGCAGAGGAUGAGCUGGUUGACCAAGCUGCACCCACGGGCAGGUGGGCACCGUGCCCCCCGCAGUGCCACCCUGCAGAGCCCUGUCACUGCCGACCCCGAGACCUGCCUCAUGGUCUUCAAGAACCACUGGGCACAGGUGCUGCGGGUGCUGGAGCGCAGCGGUGCCAGCGGCGGUGCCAGCGGCGGUGCCGGCGGCUGCAGGCCUGCCCCCGACGACCUGAGCGCCGUCAGGAACAACACCUACCAGAUGUUCAACCUCCUGGCACAGGACAGGCCGCCUCGGGGGGCACCGGAGGGCACCUCCCGGGGUCCCAUCCUGGACUUCGUGGCCGCCGAGAACCUGCUGGAGAGGUUGCUCUGCUGGCACCUGCAGGGCGACUUCGGCGAGGAGCGCAAGGUGGAGCAGCUGAAGCUCUAUGAGAUGCUGCUCAGCCAGGCUCACCAGCCCCUCCUCUGCCACAGGCCUGUCCUCAGCCCCCUCCUCAGGCUCCUCAGCCUCUGCUCUGAGCCCACCUCAGCCUCCCUGGAGAACAGCCUGGUCCUGCUCCUCAACCAGCUCUGCGUCAACGUGGCCAAAGAGCCCAGCAUCCUGGAGCUCUUCUUCCACAGCCAGGCCGACCAAGGCCCUGCCAACCUCAUCAUCUUCUCCCUCCUCAUCCCCUUCAUCCACCACGAGGGGGUCCUGGGGCAGCAGGCCAGGGAUGCUCUGCUCCUCAUCAUGGCCAUGUCUGCAAGCAACCAGGCUGUAGCCAAGUCCAUCACUGACAACUCCUACUUCUGCCCGGUGCUGGCCACAGGGCUCAGUGCCCUCUACUCCUCUCUGCCGCGCAAGCUGGAGGCCCGAGGGGACGAUUGGCACUGCCUGCGCCGCGAGGACUGGUUGGGAGUCUCCUCCUUGGUCCUCUUCAUGAACUCCUUGGACUUCUGCAACGCUGUCAUCCAGGUGGCUCACCCACUGGUGCAGAAGCAGCUGGUGGAUUACGUCCACAAUGGCUUCCUGGUGCCCGUCAUGGGACCUGCCCUGCACAAGACGUCGCCCGAGGAGCUGGUGGCCAGCACGGCCUACCUGGAGCUGUUCCUGCGCAGCGUCUCCGAGCCUGCCCUGCUCAAGACCUUCCUGCGCUUCCUGCUGCUGCACCGCCACGACGGAGCCACCAUCCUCGACACGCUGGUCACGCGCAUCGCCGGCUCCUCCAGGCUCUGUAUGGUGUCCCUGGGCCUCUUCAGGACCCUGCUCAGCCUCAACUGCGAGGAUGUCAUGCUGCAGCUGGUGCUCAGGUACCUGCUGCCCUGCAGCCACCUGAUGCUGAGCCAGCGCCGAGCCGUCAGGGACUUGGACAUCUAUGGGCGGGCAGCUGCCAAGUUCCUCUCCCUCACCCCCCGCUGCUGCCACCCCCGAGGGCACCCCCCGGUGCCACCCCCGGAGCGUCGCGACCAGCAGGCAGCCUGGCACAAGGGUCCAGGCAGCCCUACCGUGGACCCCUCCUCUUCCUCCUCCUCCACCUCCUCUUCCUCCUCCUCCUCAGCGAUGCCAGCUGCUGCCAAACCUUCCACCCCUUCUCGCCUCUCCUUCUUCAGCCGCCAACCCAGCGCUGCCCACGAUGCCACCACCACCACCCCGAGAUCUCCUGCUACCCCUUCGGGCAGUCCUUGGCAUCGAGGAGUUGGCAGCAGUGGGCACUGGGAAGAAAGCUCCUGGGAACUAGAGGGCAACUACUUGGAGUACCUGCGGGAUGCCCGCCGGAGCGUGGAGCGCUGCGCCUGGGCGUGCCGAGUCUGGUCCGCCCCUUACGACGGCGACCAACCCACCCCCCCCGCUGCCAGCCUGCCUGCCAACCCCUCUGCCAGCCCUCCUGUGGAUGCCCCUCACCCACCUGCUCCCCCCACCCCCCGGACUAAGAAACGAGGCUUGCCCGAGGGAGGGCCGUGCCAAGGUUACUCCGAGGUUAAAGCAGAGCUCCCGCCCGAAGCGGUGCCCAAUGGAGUGGUGCCCUCUGUGGGGUGGCAGGAGGAGGAGGAAGAGGAAGAAGAAGAAGAGGAGGAUGUGGUGGUGAAGAAGGUCCGGAGGUGCCCACGAGGUGGGGAGGGGGAGAAGGAGGAGGAAGAAAGGAGGGAUGGCACUCCCAGGGGGGCGGUGCCAGCCCAGAAAGGAGCGGCGGCGCCUGAGGGCAAAGCCGGCUGGGAGGCGAUGCCCUCGGUGGACUCUUUGCUGGAGGAGAUGCUGGCACAAGCCCCUGGCGAUGCCAACGGCGGCGCCGGAGUCACCAUCGAGGCCUUCACCCAGGAGCUGAAGGAGAUCGAGGCCGAGCUGAAGAAUGGUGCCAGCCCCACGGGGCUUGGCUGUGAGGUGCCAGCAGCUGCCCAGCUGCAGGAGCUGCCAGAGCACCAUCCCCUGAGCCGGGAGGAAGAGGAGGCCUUCGCCAGCUUCUCUACCCUGCCCGACGGGGAGGCGCUGGCACGGGCGGCGCCCAAGGCGCAGGAUCCCCUGGCACAGCUGGUGGCAAGCCCGCCGAGGGCGCUGGGGGCACCUCCCAGCCAGCCCUUCACAGGUCCCUUCGUGGCAGUGCUGUUUGGCAAGCUGGAGAACAUGCCCCACAACUCCCUCUACGUCAACUGCCUGCUGACAGGGCUGUUGGCACAGCUGGCAUCCUACCCACAGCCCCUGCUGCGCUCCUUCCUGCUCAACACCAACAUGGUCUUCCAGCCCAGCGUCAAGUCCCUGCUGCAGGUGCUGGGCUCGGUGAAGGCCAAGCUGGAGACCUUUGCAGCCAGCCAGGAGGACUUCCCGGGGCUGCUGCUCAGGGCCAGACGCUUCCUGGUGGCCAGGGGCAGGCUGGAGGGGGCAGAAGGUCCCAGCGCGGGGGGCAGCCUGCGGAGGGACACUCCUGGGCGCAGCCGGAAGCCGUCGCUGGGGGAGCUGCUGCUGCGCCACGCCAACAGCCCGACCCGCGCCCGCCACGCCGCGCAGCUGGCCCUGCAGCACGCCCGCGGCGCCAGCGGCAGCGCCCCGCCGCCGCCCGCCGGCCCCGCCACCCCUCCGGGCCCCCCGGGCGAGGAGGGCAGCGGCGGCGGCGCCGAGGCGCCGGGCGCCCCCCCGCGGGUGAAGAACGCAGUGUACUGCGCCGUCAUCUUCAGCGAGUUCCUGAAGGAGCUGGCGGCCAUCGCCCAGGCGCACGCCGUCACCCCCCCCUUCCUCACCGAGCCCCCCGAGGAGUGACCCCCCCGACCAUACCCACCCCCCCAACCGGACCCAGGCACCCCAAAAAGCACCCACCCCC